AUGUCCGUUUCACAAGAUGAUACCCGUGUUAUUUAUAAACCUAAAGAUAGUCGUGAAGAAUUUUUCGUUUUUGGAAAUCCUGAUCAGGUUUUGAAAUGGAGAAAAGACAAAUCGAUUCCAAUAGCUGAAGUCGUUCAAUCUUUCGAUGUCUUUGAAAUUGUGAACGGAGGUAAUGAAGGUAUAGCCGGUCGCGCCUCAAAACAAAGACUUGAAAAUGCUUUUGGCACAUCAAACAAUAUGGAAGUCAUAGAGUAUAUCCUUCAGCAUGGAAAUUUUCAUAAAGCUCAUAAAGGACACGAAAAAUCAUCAGAUAAGAAACAUAGAACAAUGAUAAAUGAGUCACGUGGUAAAGGUAUUUCGACAUCCGCUAAUAAUACUGGAAUUCAUAAUUAG